GAUUGCUGAUGCGUUCUUUGAUUACAGCUGAUCACUAUAUAUUUCAAAAGAUCAUGUAUCGCGGGGGUCACAUAGAUGAUGAGGAUGAUGAAGGCGAAGUUUCGGAGGCUACUAUACAACUAAGUCGAAAGAUUACUGCGGAUUUUCGCAAAGCGUUCCCGUUACGAGGUGACUCAGCGCGGAAAACUGUACCUGUAGCCACUCCAUCUUUGUCGCAGAUCUCAAAGCGUCUCAAUUUCGACGACAGCUUCACUUUACCAUCGGCUGUAAACACUGAUGUGAAGAUGUUUGAACUGAAAGAGCAUGUUCACCUUCUUGAGACUAAACUAUCGAAUACAGAGAAGGAAAUCGAGAGGUUUAGAACAGCGGAGAAGGCCAUGAUCGAGCGUGCUGAACAACAGUUGUUGGAAAUUGUGGAUUUGAAAAAAGAGCUAAUCAGACGCAACGACAAUACGCUCCUAGAUGAAGCAGAACGCAGGGCUGUACAGGCCGAACGCUCCCGUGAUGAAUGGCAGGACGCGUGUGCACGUUUUCAUCGCUACUUUCGAUGUGCCAAAGCACGUCUUGAAAUUGCUGAAAAGGAAUUGCAAUGCAGGGGAAAUAUGACUGAAGACUUGAAAAAGAGUCUGGACUUUGCCUGGACAUCGUCUGAGUGCCGUCCGGAAGAGAUCAAUUCGGAUAAUGUUCGCGAACUUUUGGACACCGCUGCGCACACACUGGAGGAUUUGAACAAAAUUUCUGUCAGAGAAGAUGUUGGGAGCAGCAUUUUUCGAGAACCUUCCCCCAUACAAUCCGCCGUUUUUGACGAAGGCAAUCAGUCAGUUGUCUCAAACCUGAGCGAAUCGAUAUUGAAUAGCACUCUAGCAAAUACCUCGAUUGAUUAUGAGAAGGACGAGAAGAUUCAGCGACUAGAGCUGGAGAAUAGCCAGCUGAAAGACCGCCUUACAGUAUACUUUGACCGUGCACAAAAAUCAAUGCUAAUGGAAGAGAAGAAAACGAGCGCUGAACAAAAAUAUCAUCUGCUAGAAAAGAAGAUGGAGGAGAUGCUGAGUGAACUAAACUCGCUUCGGUCCGCCUGUUCCAAGAAAAUCUUCGAUGUCAUGGACACUUCCACACAAAAUCGUGCGGCGGAAAUUAUGAAGCGUGUACAAGAUCUCAAUGACAGGAACGAAGUGCUGCAAAAAGAGUUGGAGUGUGCACGCUUAGCAGCAGAAAGUGCCAGAAGCAAGGUGGAGGUGCUAACCAAUGAACGCGAGGAGCUGGCGCAGACGGUUGACAAUUUAACCGGGUUGAAUCUAGAACUGGAAGCUUCCAUGAAACGAGAGAAGAACUUGGCAGCUUCUCUAAGUCAGUCUUUGGAAAAGAGAACGGAGGAGUUGGAGUCAGUGCAGAGAGAAUUCGGUGCUGCUCGGUCGCAAAUACAAACUUUGGAGGGAAAGCUUUUGGAGAGUACUGAAGCAGUGCGUCAACUGGAAGAGCAACUCAAGCAUGCUAAAGGAGAAGCCACUGAUGCUGGAGAUGAGACGCAAAUUUUGCAUCUUCGUUUCAAUCCCUUACAAUCUGCUGUAGACGAAGAACAAGAACGCGCGCGAAAGAGGAGAGCGGACGAGACUUUCUCGGCAGAAUCGAGCGAGGCCAAGAGAGCUCGUGAUGAGCAAAUACAUGCCCUCGAGGCUCAGUUAAAGAGAAGUGAACGAGAAAAGGAAGAGGCGUUGAGGCUUCAAGCCGAUCUCGCUAAGAAAUACAGAGAAUUUUCUACCACUCUGACGGGUUAUCAGAUAAAGUUGAAAGAUGUGGAAGAAGGAAUUUGUUGCGUGAAUAGCGUCUAUGAUGAUACGGAAAAGCAGUUUGUGUUCAAGUACAAUUCCGAGACUGGCAUAGUCGAUUUACUGGAUGUUGGUCAGGACGUACUCUCUCAGGGACGUCCCUGGGAACAUGAGAUGCAGAAGUAUAUAGGAGAACGCCAUUCCAUUCCUGGUUUUCUUGCUGCUGUUACGCUACAGCUGGAGGCGCGCCGAAACUUGACGGAGGAGGAUCUAACGAAUGCAUUUCAUACUUUCCGAGAAGACUGAAAACUUUCGCUAUCUGAUCAGCAAUUUUUUUGUACAAUCUUAUCAUAUUCAUUAGGGUACUACUUGUUGAAGACUAUCAAGGUUCAGUAUGAUGAAGGAUCACUGUGUUGACGGAUAUGUAACUAACCUAUCUCACUUGAAUGCAGAUCUCUGCUCUCUUUCCCUUUCUGAAGGUGUGCUGUACUUGUCUCAUAACAUAAACCUUGAUUGAGUU